GCAACGUGAUAAACGGCUUUCGCUCCGGUCGAGUAAUUUGCUUUCAAAAAGGAAGAGAAACAGCGAAUCGAGCCCAGGCGAAGAGAGCACUACGGACAAGAUGAGAUACCUACUGUUCAGUGCACUGUUGCUGGCAGCACUGGGGGCAUGCAGUGCGUUCACAGUCGACAUAAAUGGCGGUCGUGUACGCAUGCGGAGAGAGGCAGAGGACGCUGGUGAUGAAACUGGCACUGGAAGCGGGUCUGUCGAAUCACAGAGUACCGGCGACACAGCUGCUUCCGACACGUCUGAAACUGAAAGUUCUGACAAAACAGCUGAAACCGAAAGUACUGACACAACAGCCGAAACCGGAAGUGCUGACAAAACAGCUGAAACCGAAAGUACGGAGAAAUCAGCCGAAACCGAAAGUACUGACAAAACAGCCGAAUCCGAAAGUGCUGACAAAACAGCUGAAACCGAAAGUACGGAGAAAUCAGCCGAAACCGAAAGUACUGACAAAACAGCCGAAUCCGAAAGUGCUGACAAAACAGCUGAAACCGAAAGUACGGACAAAUCAGCCGAAACCGAAAGUGCUGACAAAACAGCUGAAACCGAAAGUACUAACAAAACAGCCGAAUCCGAAAGUGCUGACAAAACAGCUGAAACCGAAAAUACCGAAACCACAGAAUCAGGGGGUGAAGGUGCUGCGGCAAGUUCGGCAGGUUCUGCUGCUCCUGAAUCUCCUGAAGCUAAGCUAGAGGUGGCGGUCAAAGAGGACGAUCCAAGUGCAUCAUCUUCUAAGGAAACCAAAGAAGAAAAACUUCCAAAGUCUGAAACAGUUAAGACAGAGGAAGCUGGGGAAGAUGACACGGGGAAGGCAGAUCCCGUGGAGGAAGCUGGGAAGGGGAAGGGAGCUUCUGGAGAUGGGUCAGGCCUGGCGGAAGAGGAAGAUGAACCGACGGCUGUUAAUGAGAACGGCGUGAUCAAUUAUCGUCCAGCCAACACGGAAACAGUCGCGUCAAAGGAAACGAAUACGGAGACUAAGGUCCAGGCCCAGGAGCUGUCGAAGCUGAUGACGGGAGAAGACCUGGAGGACCCCAAAGGUGGCGAUGAAGACGGCGAUAGAAACGAAGACGAAGACAAGAAGACGGACGAAGAAGAUUCAUCAUCUGGGGGCAGUGCAGAGGCUGAGAAAGGACAGGUAGUUGCUGAGUCGGAUGAUGGAGCUGCCACAAGUGCCGCAGGCAGCAGUGCUGAAACUACAGAUGAUGUAAACGUUGUUGCUGAAUCUGACGAGGGUGAUGAAACAGGCAGCAGUGCUGAAGCUACAGAUGAUGUAAAGGUUACUGCUGAAUCUGAUGAGGGUGAUGAAACAGGAAAAAGUGGUGAAGGUGAAAAGAAAGCGGACACUAGUGCGGAAUCUGACAAAGGUGACAGCAGUGGAGGAGAAGUUAAUCUGAGCGUAGAGUCAGGUGACAACACCGAAGGAGACAGUUCUGAAUCCACGAGCGAAACAUCUGGCACAGAGGAAUCAGCUGCGGCAACCGAGACCACGGAAACAGACGCAUCUGGUACGGAAGAAUCAGCUGCGGCAACAGAGACCACGGAAACAGACGCAUCUGGCACAGGGGAAUCUGCUGCGGCAACCGAGACCACAGAUACAGACGCAUCUGGUACAGAAGAAUCAGCUGCGACAACAGGGACCACAGAAACAGACGCAUCUGGUACAGGGGAAUCUGCUGCGGCAACCGAGACCACAGAAUCAGACGCAUCUGGUACAGGGGAAUCUGCUGCGGCAACAGAGACCACAGAUACAGACGCAUCUGGCACAGAGGAAUCAGCUGCGACAACCGAGACCACAGAUACAGACGCAUCUGGCACAGAGGAAUCAGCUGCGACAACCGAGACCACGGAAACAGACGCAUCUGGCACAGACAGUGGUAGUGAUUCAGAUACCUCAUCUCUGACAGCCGAGACUGACGAACCAGAUACUUCUGAGCCCGAAACAUCAGACGCCAGCAAAGAAGAGGAUGACGACGACGAUGAUGAUGAUGAUGAAUCCGAUGAUGAUGAAUCAUCCAAGACCUCUGGCAAACGAAGAAGGAAAAGACUAGCCCUGUCAAACCCCAAGUACAAAUGGCCCAAGGCAAUCUUCCCUUUCAAAUUCCAGGAAGAGCUCGCGCCUAAAAUCAAGCUUGAAGCUACGGCUGCUAUGGGCUAUCUCACCCGCCACACCUGUAUGGAGUUUGUCCCCUACGAAGGCCCACAGACCAACGAAGAGCUCGAACUGAACCACCGUGGACAUCUGAUCUUCGACAACUAUGGAGGAUGCUGGUCUUAUGUCGGACUGAUGGACAGGAAGAGGGGCCAGACAGUAUCCUGCAUGUCCCGAUCGGUGUUUAUUCAUGAGAUCGGCCACUCCGCCUUCUUGGUGCACGAACAGAACGGUGACAACAGGAAGGGACUGAUCAGAAUCAACUACGACAACAUUCAAGACGCCCUCAAAGACCAGUACAUCCAGCUACCCUCCAGUCAGACUCUCAACUACACCGGAUAUGACGUGUCGUCGCUCAUCCACUACCCUAUCGGAAUGAACAGCAAGAACGGCAAGCAGACCAUGUCCAUCCUGUACGAGGCACCAGACUUCCAUGUCGGGGGACAUCUGUAUUAUGUUGCUGCUGAACUCAACAUCGGCUACGACUGUAAAGAAAAGAGUUGCCCAGACUUUGCCACUAAAUGUGUGAAGGACAGCUACGUGGUGAAAAGGGACGGCAAAUGCAGGUGUGAGUGUACACGAGGUGUAGACUCAGAAUCCGGCUGUGCCGAGCCAAAGAAAGCACCCUCCAAGGUCGCCGGCUGGGGUCCCGGCAAGCUGUCGAUGCUGAAACCCAAGGAUGGCUGCCCCGAGGGGAUGAAGGAGCGGGUGAUAGAGCACGAAGGGGAUGCCGCCGGGUCAGCGUCCUCAGUGUUCCACAUGGCGGCUGAGAUGGGAGCCAAGAGUACCCUCCCUCUUUGCGUCAGUGAAGGAGGGGAGGGCAAGUGGCCUAUGGGAAGAUAUUGCCUGAUCAAUGAAAAAGAUAGCUGUCCGAAAGGCUUUGAGAGCGGGAGCUUCACACUUGGACAGAAGAGCGGCGACAACACGGUUCUCAACUUUUGCUGCAAAGACGAUGGAUUUAACUUCGAGGAGAUUCCGAUCAAGAAUGAGAAACCCUUCACUCUCUUCCGUCUGCACAAGUCUUGCCAAAAUGUUGAAGACAUGUACACUUAUGAGGAGAGGAUAACUUUAGACAGCAACACAAAGAUAGUUGCCGAAGGCAAAACCCCGGUCAGCCAAAUCCGAGGAACAGAUCACGCCCUGUCACUGUUCGUCUGUUACUACGUGCCUUUGAAAUAUGGAUGCGGAAAGGCGAUUGACCUGACCCCCGAAAACCCGACAGGAAGUUUAAGCACCCCCAACUACCCACAGAAUUACCCGAAGAGCACAGAGUGCACGUGGCUCGUGACGGGAUCUGAGAAAGACUCUGUGAUCGUGAUUGACUUUGACGACAAAACAUUUUGUCUGGCAUCUGGAGACCACGUGGACGUGCACUACAACAAGAUCGGGCAGCCAAGUCUCAGAAACACCGGGAAGGGGUACAAGCCAAGUGUGGUGACUUUGUACAACAAUGUGAAGAUCCAGUUCAGGUCAGAUCUCGAAACGGAGUGUUCCGGAUUUACGGCCAAAGUCAGGAUGGUCACAAAGGAAGAACAAGCCUUCAAUGUCAACGAUGAAGGCAAGAGUUACCGCGGCACCAUCGACUUCACCCACAACACCAUACCCUGCUUGCCAUGGAGAGAGAUGUCAGAAUGUCCACAUCACCCGUUUGCUCCCGGUGACUAUGGUGAUGGCCUGGAGUCCAACUACUGCCGUAACCCUGGUGACGGCAUCGCGCCCUGGUGCUAUGUGUCGCACGACAACUGCGAGAGAAACUACUGUGACGUCAGUCUCAUUGGUCGCCCUGCUGACAACUUCCCGGACUGCGCCGAGCUCAUUGCGGCGAACAGCGACUUCUGCAAGGAUCAGACGCAGGCAGUUAGAGGGUGUUUCAAGUCCUGUCUCAGUGACAUCAAAUAUGAUAACAAACCCAAAAAAGUGACGGAGGUUACAUGUCCAAAGCCUGAUGCUAUAGACGGUGCCGAGAUAGUUGAUGCCAAGGACUCCUACAAGAUGGGCGAGAAAGCUGUAUAUGAGUGCACCUCCGGCGAGGGAGAUUUGACCAGGACAUGCACCUCUAAUGGCGAUUGGACACCUGGUGGCUAUGUGUGUGGUGAUUGCCCCACCGACUGGAUCCCCCAUCAAGGCUAUUGCUAUCAUUUCUUCGACAUCCCUUCGUCCUAUGCCGAGGCCGAGGACACAUGCCAUUCGUACGACGCAUUCGUCGUUGCCAUCAAGAGCAAGGAGGAAUCUGACUUCCUUGAAAAAAUUUCGCGACCAACGUCACCCCAGUGGCUGGGUAUGAAGAGAAAGGGGAACAGUAGGACUGACUAUGAAUGGGAUAUGGACAAAACGCUUGUGGGUGCAAAUGGAUACUCCAACUGGUACAAGGGCACGCCACAUCACAACAAAAAGAGAAAGAAUGCCUAUUGUCGUGGAAGCAACCAACAGAUGACAUGGCGAGCUCAGAGAUCUAAGAGCCACAAGCCAUUUUUCCCAUUUACAUGUCAGAAGGCAAUUCCAGAAAACAUCCCGUGUGUUGACCGACUGCCAAACUGUGAGGCUGUCGUUGUCGAGACGCCCGAGGUCUGCCAGAACUACACCGAGUCCGGCUGGGGGGAGCAACAGUGCAGGAAGACGUGCGGAGCCUGCGGGGACACAGCCGAGUGUACAGUCCCUGCUGCUGGGGGUCACGCCGAGCUUCUGACCACAGGGUCAGUGCACACAGGGGAGGUGGCGUACUACGAGUGUGAGGAGGGCUACACUGUCAGCAAGGGGAGUCUUAUUAUGGCGUGUCUUCCGUCAGGCAAAAUGACCUCCGAAGCCCCAGAAUGUGUUGAGAAAGGAAGCGUUAUAAGGCCAAGUAAUAACAAUGACAUCCGACCCAGAGGCGGCACCUUCGGUUGCUACGUCUCCUUCACUGGCAACGACGACAUGUACGUGAUUGAUGCCCCCGGCAAGGUCAUUGCCUGGGAGUUCUACCUUCUGUUUGCUGGAACAACUGUCUUCCAAAUAUGGCGGCCUACCGAUGACCCUGCUGUACUGACGCUCGUUGGCCAGAAUUCGAUAUCCGCGAAGGCUGUCCGCCCACACGUUGUCAACAUUCCCGCUGGAGAACAGAUUGAAGUGGAGGCUGGAGACAGAAUCGGUGUGUAUAACCCGUAUGAGCGAGCGGGUAUUGCGUAUGACACGAACAAGGCGCAGGGUGAUGGCAGUCUCAAACUGGCCUCGAAUGUGUGGUAUGCCAGUGAUUUCGUCGUCAACAAUGACUACGAGUUCAAAGCAAGCAGCCCUUUGAGGAUAAUGUCCUUCAGGGCUAUCCUUGGACCCAAAUAAUGCAAGAUUCACCUGACAUAUCUCGUUACGAACAUACACUCCGAUAGUGUCCCAAAACGAACACGACCCGUCUACAACUGAUACUGUUUUGAAAUUAAUUUCUCAUUUCCUUCUGUCGAUCAUGAUACAUUAUUCAUACGCAUACUGAUUAUCGUUCUAUGUGAACCAAUAAUGCAAGAUCUCAUACGUUCUAAUAGGGUGAUAUCUCCAUUAAGUCCGCUCUACGAAUACAAACGAGUUAUAUUCUGAUUAGGAAUAUAUUGGAUUCAUGUGUUAGGUUAACUUGAUGUUGCUUUAUUUAUGUUGUUAUGUAUAAUGCCCCGCUUUUUAUUGACCUUGGUUUGUAUGUUCACUGUGCUUCUGAAUACUUAUGCAGCGCUAAAUAAACUUUAUGCAAGUAGA